GUUCGGGGGCCAUUCAGUCAAGGGACGAGGGCGGUGUGAGGGCAGCAGAGCAUACACUUCAGCGGGGGAGCACGGGGCUUCGGAUGAGGGCAGCCCGAAGUUCAAUCUUUGAAAACCGCAGGAACAUCUGAAAUCUUAGCACAGCCUCCCCCGAAUUGGAGUAGUCUGACUCAGGAACCGGGAAAGCCAACAAAAGAAGGGGUUGUUGGUGCCACCCUAAAUACCCAAACACCUAAACACCAUACUACUAGCCUUUGCGGGCUGCCGCUUGUGUCGAAAGGCAUCAGAAUGAAAGUUGGGUUUUGGCUUGUGAACUAGUCCUGUUGCAGAGAGCUGGCCUUCUCUCCCCUAGAUGGUUGAUUCUGGGAUAGGUAGGGGAUGAAAGGUUUAACAACUGUGGCGUUCUCCAGAGCUCCUCUUAGCACUACCUCAGAGAGUUUCAAGUAUUCCAGCCUGGACCAUGUAACUAAGGAUCUGCCUCCACCUCCACAAUGCCGGUUCACAGGCAUGCCACAGUCCACGUUUGGUUUAUGUCGUGUUGGAAAUUGACCCCAGAGUCGUCAUAUGGUUGAUACUAGGGCUGGAUUAUUUUAUGCAAAGCACUUAAAACUUUGGUAUAAGUAACUCCUUAAAUUAUUCUAAUAUAAUAGUAAUUUCCAGCAACCGUCACUUAAGGACUUUUUCCUCUGAAAUAUUAUUGUAUGUAUUAAAAUACUGCAUAUAAAACACAUAUUAGAUAAUCAACAAUGCCAGUUUUGUUCCAUGUUCCAACGUCCACUUUUAUUUUUUUAGGUUUACUUAUGUGUAUGAGUGUUUUGCUGGUAUGCAUGUAUGUAUGUACAUCAUUUAUGUACCUGGUAUCCGCAGAGGUCAGAAUAGGGUAUUGGAUCCUUUGGAAAUAAAGUUAUGGAUAAUUGUAAAUUUCCCUGUGGGUGCUGGGAACUGAACCCUGGUCCUCUACAAGAGCAACACAUGCUCCAUGACUGCUGGGCCAUCUUUCUAGCCCCAACAUCCACCUUUUAACAAGGCACUUCCUUGCUUUAAACAAUGGUGGCUUUUUUGUUUUUGUUUUCCCUUAGGCAAGACCCUCCUCUGUAGCUCUAGGCUGAGCUUCAAUUUAGGCCCAAGCUGACAGUGUAAUCUACCUGUCUCUCUCUGCCUUCCCAAGACUGGAAUGGCAAGCAGACACUACCAUGCCUGGCUUUGGAUAUAUGAAGAUAGUCUUUUGUUGUUACGUUUUUACCUGUACUCUGCCCUUAACCUUACUGGGCUCAGCGGUGUCACUGGACACUAUUAGAUAUCACAGCCAAUGGAGGACAUGUGCUAUACAAAUAAAAAGAAGCAGGGGAGAAGGUGACAGAGGAGACAUGAAAGACCGAGUCAUCGCAGCUGCCCUCUCUAAUUUUGAUGACUAUCUUUCAUUUUGUCUAAGAGUGGCAUAUGUGGUCCACAGGGACCAAGCUGCAACCCUUUUGUUUUCUCAUAUUGAUGCUGAAACACUCCGAUGCUCCUCUUCCCGGAGUUGGACAUGGUGUCAGGCUUAAGUUACAUCAUUAGCUCGGCUAUUUUCUUCUUAAGUUGUCUUUCCAGUUCCUCCCUGUCGAGGACUAGGUGCAGAGGCCCCUCUCCAGCCCAUGGACGGAACAAGGAACACUGAGCUUUUGUUCCCAUCAGGGUCAUUCUUGGCAAAGCCAGCAAUGGACUGGCGCCAGGGCUCUGGGGGGCUGAGGCCAGGUUUCCACGUAAGCUGUGGUUAAAUGUUCCAGACCUUGAGACAUGAAAUGCUUUGCUUACUGUACCAGAAUAUACCUUGCAAAAGAGGAGCUAGUGCUCCCUGUAAUUCUGCUGUAACUACCUGUAACCUACUGGUUUGUAUUCUGCUUCUCCAUCCGAGGCUAUGUAAAGAGUGGUGACAUUAAUAAACUUGCUGGCUUGAGUCAUCGGCCAUUGACCCUUCACACCCCCAGCUUUGGACUGUUUAUUUUUCUUAUCUCUGGUCCUUUCUCUCAGAAUCCCAGUGUGGACCCAGCAAGAACCACUGGUCUGGUUCACCCUCUGUCAUUUUGACUGCAACUGAGUCCUUCCAAAGCCCUUUUGGUCUCUCUUUGACCUUUAACCCAGAGGCUACCUCUCCAUUUUUCUAGCUUCCCACGGGACCUCAUCACUUGACUAAGAGUGUUAGGUAUAUCCCACGGCAGCAUUUGGUCCCUCCCAUCACAUGUGCUCUUUGGUAGUGCCAGGAAAUUUCCCACACGCCAGCAGCCAAUCACUGUUCUCAUUGUCAGGAGAAGCUGUUCUUAGGGGAUAAUUGCUUCAGAGAAACCACUGGGAUUAGAUUGACAGGAGCUACUUAGUCCUUCCUUCUGCUGCUACCUCUCCCCUGAACUGAGCUCCUGACUCUCAUAGCCAGCAGGACGUUAAGACACCUCUUCCUCAUGAAGGCACUUCUUGCUCUUGGGUUCCUGGCAUCUUGGGUAGCUGCAGGAGAGCACGCAUUGAGAGGUGAAUGUCCGGCUGACCCUCUUCCAUGUCAGGAGCUGUGUACCGGAGACGAAUCCUGUCCCCAGGGGCACAAAUGCUGCAGCACAGGGUGUGGCCAUGCCUGCCGCGGAGACAUCGAGGGAGGGCGGGAUGGUCAAUGUCCCAGAAUCCUGGUAGGCCUGUGUAUUGUCCAGUGCAUGAUGGAUGAGAACUGUCAAUCCGGGGAAAGGUGCUGUAAGUCAGGCUGCGGCCGCUUCUGCAUCCCAGGACUCCAGCCCCUCCAACAGCUCAAAGACUCCAACCUGACUGAUGGCUUUAAUUCUAAACUGGAGGCUCAAGCGCCCUAGCUGACCCGAUUUGCUUGGAGCUCCAGGAAGCCAGGAAGGGGUGACAUCCUGGGGCUUGUGACACUCCCUGGAGUAUCAGGCCUUUUCCUCGUAUCUACUGCUACUUGCAUGUAGCAUGGAACUGCCCUGGUGCUGGGCGCUUCUCUUUCCCAAUAAAAUGCUGGCAUGGA